AUGAGUCAUGUUGAAAAAACGACCUCCACUCCCACUUUUCUUCCCUCCGCCUCAUUCCCCCUGAAGGCCACCAACAACAACAACAACCAUAAAGUCAUUGCACCGAGGUUCCGCUCUCGCAGACGGACAGCACGAAAGCGUCUGCUGGACCAAUUACCCGCGGCCCCGCCGAGCGUGUUGCGUGUUUUCCUGGGCGGACUCUGUUCCCUUUGCCAGGGCAGUGAGGAGCAGCAGCGGGGCGAACAGCUCAGGACCGACGCUGCCGAGCUGACAAUGGGGUCGUCUAGGGCUCUGCUCUGCUGCACCGCAUGGGUCGUGAUUUUACUGAGCUCAGCAUCCACGGAUGAUCGUGACAUGGAGCAGCGUGAGGUCAUCUUUGACAAAAUCAUGCAAGAGAUGGAACAACCACAUGCCUUCAUUUUGCAGAAAGAGGUGGACGUGACAGUUCCAAAGGAUUUCCCAGAACAGGUGGAAAUCACGAAUAGCAGAGGUCUUCCAGGUUUUGUGCCCCGUUCCUUUGGUGGUCCUCCCAUGUUAAACUACCCAGUGCAGUUCCCCCUUGGGCGACCGACCUCCGACAAUCUCCAAGCAAUCUGUCUCAACAGAGAAUAUCGUCCCAGCUACUCAAAGUCUUACUUUCCUGUUUCUGGCUUUGGCCAGCUGAAGAAUAUGGCCAAGACUGUCAAUAAGGCAGAGUCCUGGUUGAGCACAUGCUGCAAAGGGAACCAGACGUGGGAGAAUGAAGUGACGCUGUGUUGCGCCACAAAGGCAUGGGAGCUGUCAGUCCGAUCCUUCUGUGAAGAGGACACUUCAAUUAAGCAUCGUAUUUAUCACUGCUGCUUCCUGAGAGGCGACGACAUGCUGAACUGUUUCCAAAACGACGCUCCCAACCCAAACUACGAGGCAACAGAGGAGCUACCGGUACCACCACUUCCCUCAACAGACACCUUCAGCUUUGACCCUAACACUUGCCAGAGGACAGUGAUGACUCUGCACAGUGUCAGGGGAAACAGAGGAGAUGUAGAGAAGAAACCAUCUGCUCCUCUGAAAGUUGACAUGAGCUUUCCUCCGGGACGACCCACCGCUGACACGAUUGAGACGCUGUGUCGCAACAGGAAACAGCGCCCACUCUAUAAAACCAAUUGCCUGACAGGUCUUGGGUACGAAUGGCUGGCUCGUCAGGCAAAGACCAUCAAUCGUAUAGAAAAGGGAUUCAAGCAGUGCUGCAAGAAGAAUCAGCGUACGCUCAACUGUGCUGAUCAGAAGUGGCGUGAGGAGCUUGACAAGUAUUGUGUUGACGAGAACGGUGGACAGGUGGAUUUCCACUGUUGUUUGGACGACGUGUCAAAUGAUCGAUACGACUGUUUCCGAGAUGUUUCUCCUGACCCACAUUAUAACACGACCUCUGCCACUAAAGAGUUCUCACUCCACAACAUCUGUGACACUCACAAGAUUGUCAAUAAGAAGUUCCCUGUUGGUUUUCCUCUCAAGAGCUUUGUGAACCAAUGCUGCCCCCUGUCUGAAGAUCACAAGACUGCUUGUUUUGAGCAGAAGAUUGAGAAAAUAUCAGAGAUGUGUUCAUCAAGGAAGACCCUUUCUCCAGCUGUCCGUCGUUGUUGCCUCACAUCUUCACAAAGGUUUACACAGUGUUUCUCCAAAACUCUCUUGGAUGCCAUCUCCAAAGCAACCACCGUCUUACGCCAAAAGAAGAAGAAGAGGUGCCCCCUCUCCUAAACUCUUUUGACCUUUUACUGCUGACCCUAUACUGCCUGUGUGCCAUAAAGGGAAACGCCAAGCUAGCAGCAUAGUUGACCUCCAAUCACUGAACAGGAACAAUUCUGUAAAGUAUAAGUCUGUAAGAAAAUGUGAUCCAAAUUCUAGCUUUAUGGGCUUCUAACUGCUUAUAUAAUUAGCUUUUUUUUCCUAUCUGAAAUCACCUUCGAAGCAUUGUUAUCACAAGAAAACAUUUACAAUGAAACACAAAUAUGUUGUGACUUUACCACUACUUGUUAUAGGCUGCUUAUUUUUCUCUCAUAUGUGAUUAUGAAUGCAUUCUAUUGUUUCAUUUGGACCUGUCUCUGGUUUUGUUGUGAACCUAUCUACAACACUUCUUAGAAAAACUUUUUUUAAAUGUACUUUCCAUGUGGUUUACUAUCUUCUUACAUGCAAACUGUAUGUUGUUCAUUUAACCAUGCACUGGUGUGCCUGGUAUAAGCUACAAUGAGUUAAUAAAACAUAACCAAUUCGAAAAGGA